CAGUCGCUUGUUAAUAGCUUCAUUCCUUCGCGGUCCCUACACAUUCCACACUGAGUUUUUUGCAACCACCGGAUCCAAGACUUUCCCCCAGCUGACCUCCUCCCCGAACCGAUCCCCCCAUCCUUAUCGCGACCUCUCCCCGUGACCUCAUGCGCCCGGCCCGCAAGGGAUUGUGAAUAAAAAAGCCGGCGGUCCUUAUCUCCCCGUCAUAGACAGACAAAGAGUCGUCGCCCUCUCUUCACCAGCAACCUCAUACCAAAAUGUCGACCCUCUGGUCAGCAGCCAGCAGCAAUGCCGAUACCGUCCCUCUCACAACCCGCGAAGCUGCUUCCGGCCUCCUGGGCUCGAUAUCUCUCACCUGCUGGAUCUUCCUCCUAGUCCCUCAACUAAUCGAAAACUACCGCAAUGGCAACGCAGAAGCUAUCUCCCUCCUCUUCCUCUUCGUCUGGUUUAUCGGCGAUAUCACCAAUCUGAUCGGAGGUGCCUGGGCCGGUCUCGUCCCCGUCAUUGUCGCCAUCGCUGUAUACUUCUGUAUCGCGGACGGGGUGCUCAUCGGACAAUGUCUGUACUACAAGGCGCGUAAUGCGCGACGCUCGUCCAGUGGGACAAUAUCUCGUCGUCGAUCCUCCGUUGCUGAUGCACCGGAUCCGACGACGCCGCUUCUGGGCCGACGAUUUAGCGAUGUCGGGCGCCGCGCGGGCGCGGACGCGGACGCGGAUGAAGAUGAUAUGUUGGCGAAGAUUGUGGAGGAGAAUGAUGUAGGGCGCAAGGCGUGGGUGAGGAAUUUCAGCAGCGUGUUGGGAAUUUGUGUAAUUGGGAUGGCGGGGUGGACGAUGGCGUGGCGCACCGGAGUGUGGAAGCCUGCGCCGGUUGAAGAGGUCGAUGGGGGCGUGGAUAUGGCUCCUGGGGCGAUGGUGUUGGGGUAUAUUAGUGCGGUUUGUUAUCUUGGAGCGCGUCUCCCGCAGAUUUACAAAAAUUAUUGCGAUAAGUCGUGUGAGGGUCUCUCGUUACUCUUCUUCAUUCUCUCGCUUUUGGGUAAUCUUACCUACGGCGCGGGAAUCAUCUGCCACUCCACGGAAAAGAACUAUAUCGUGACCAAUGUGCCGUGGUUGAUUGGCUCGCUCGGCACCAUGGUUGAGGAUGUUACUAUUUUCGUGCAGUUUCGACUGUACGCGACUCGGGACACGGUGACGCCGGCCGUGUAGCGCGUCGUCGUGCAUUCCUUCAUUGUUACAUUGUCUUGUGAUUUGUGAUUUGCUGGUGGCUUAGCGUGUCAUCUACGACCUGGGGUUGUACUGUAUGGGUCCGGCGGAUCUUUGUCUAAAAGUUCUUGAUUGCUUGCAUUGCGGGGUGGAUAUUGAUAUUGAUGUUGAUAAUUGAUAUUGAUCGUUGGUGUGAUGUCGUUCGGAGUCUGUUGAGAUUCGUGCAGACAUGUGGCGUGUACAGUAUAGUAUAAUUUGACCUCUACUUUAC